AUGUACUCUGCCAUGCUGAUGGACGCCUGCCGUGAUGAACGCCCCCCGGAUCCGCAUCGCCUACAGGACGGACGGUCACCUUCUGGAUCAGCAGCGGAUGCACUUCCAAUCGCGCGUCUCCACAACCACCGUUCACGAAAUUCUCUUCGCCGACGACUGCGCCCUGAACACCACCUCGGAAGAGGAGAUGCAACGGAGCAUGGACCUCAUCUCUGCCGCCUGCGAGAACUUCGGUCUGGUCAUCAACACGCAGAAGACGGUGGUGAUGCAUCAACCGCCACUCCCCCCAACGCGCCACCGCAAAUCAGAAUGAAUGGGACCCAACUGUAAGUGGUGGAGAACUUCCCGUACCUGUGCAGCACACUAUCCCUCAACACCAAAAUCGAUGACGAAGUCGCUCGCAGGAUCUCGAAGGCCAAUCAAGCCUUCGGCCGCCUCCAAAGCGCAGUCCGGAAUCGUCAGGGUCUCCAACUGAGCACGAAGCUGAAGAUGUACAAGGCCGUCAUCCUGCCGACGCUGCUGUACGGAGCGGAGACUUGGACGUCGACUGAACCACUUUCACCUCAGUUGUCUCCGUCGUAUCCUGAGGUUGAACUGGCAGGAUCGAAUGCCCGACACUGAUGUGCUGGAACGAACGGGAAUCCUCAGCAUCUACACCAUGCUGAGACAAAUGCAGCUGCGCUGGAGUGACCACCUGGUGCAAAUGAACGACGAGCGACUACCCAAACGACUCUUCUAUGGAGACGUCACGACGGGCUCUCACCAUCAAGGAGGCCAAAUUCGUCGAUACAAGGAUGCUCUGAAGUCCUCCCUGAAGCAUCUGCAAAUUAACCCGACCAAAUAGGAAGAGUUCGCCCUCGACCGACCGACCUGGAGGAGGAAAGUGAAGACAGGCGCUGCGAUCUAUGAGGCCGACCGACUCGCCGCUGCCGAAGUGAAACGUGAAGCACGCAAAUCACAGCUACGUCCCGUCCGCAACGCCAACGCACAACCGCUUCCAACGUGUCCUCUGUGUCAACGGACAUUCAGGCUACAAAUUGGACUCAUUCGACAUCUUCGGACCAACUGCACCUCCCAUACCGCACCAACCGCCGCCCCUCCGCCGGCCUCUGCCUCGUCCUCUCCGCCGCCAACUAACUCUGACAAUUCUUCUGAACCACCACUUCCGUCCUCCCCCUCCUCCUCCUCCCCCCCUCCUACUCCUGCUCCUACUCAUCCUCCUACUCCUACUCCUCUCCUUCUUCCUCCCCUCCUCCUCUUCCCCCGCGUCUUCCCCCUCCUCCUCCUGCCCCACUGCACAAACCACGCCCGCUAUGCUGGUCGUCAUUCACACCAUCAUCGCACACAUCCAUGGCACAACAACAGACACCAUCCCUCCAACCUCCGACUCCAGGGGUGAGGACCAGGACUACGCCUGCCCUCACUGCGGCCGCACCUUCACCUCGCACAUCGGCCUGGUCAGUCACUUGCGCGUCCAUCGCACAGAGACUGGCGAACCAGUGCCUGGAGCACCAACCUACACCCACCGCACUCGCCUCCACUGCCCACACUGCCCUCGCACCUUCACGCAUCGCAUGCGUCUAUUCGGCCACAUGCGCAUCCACGACGACCUGCGGUAGACAACCGCCGGCUACACCACAUCACAACACCCUCCCUCCCAGCCUCCACCACCACGACCCCCACCACCACCACACAUCAACACUCACACACCGCAAGCACCCAACUGCCACCUCCCACGCAAGUAGGAAGUGUGCAUCUCGACUCGGUCCCCAUGCGUCUUCGGCUGCACGGUGACCUGGUCUGAGGCUAUCCCUACAUGUCAAACGUCGUGGAUAGAAAGGCUGCUGAUUGACGCCCACACUCGGUCUACGCAGUUCGUCCCGCUAUGUGGGUGUUGUGUGGAGUGGCGGAGCGGUGGGCUGAAGACGGGCUUAAACAGCACCUAUCACGGCCCUCUCACGCAAGCGAGAGACACGCCGUUCAACCCCCGUUGUGUGAAAUCCUGGUGUGUGUGUGUGUGUGUGUGUGUGUGUGUGUGUGGGCGGCCAGGUCGUGCACGUAGCGCGAGCAGUCACGGUCAGUUGAUCAUGCCAGCCACCGCGCCCAUUUCCCACUCCAGUCUGCUGACCGGCUCCAACAGCGGCUGGGGUGUGAAAAUGGGAAAAGAGAGUGAGGUCGACGACUCAGCGCAUUUUCUCCUCACUGUAAACAAUCUGACGCGCUUAAAGCUAUCACGGUGAGCUAAAAGUCGUGGCUGGGAAGGUUGCCAACUGACGGGACAACCUGGACCCCGACUGGCGGUCUGAGAGUCAGGCUGAAAUGCCUCCUUCCUAAUGUGGCUUUUAUGGCACUCCCGCUGUGUGAGAUCCGAGCCAGGCGUCGGCGGCACGCCUAGAUGCGGCUUCGGCCGUGCCAGCCUCCAAUCUCGGUUUUGUUGGUUGAAAUCAUGGUUAUUUGUUGUGUGAACCAGGGGGUGUGGUUGGACGCCAAGGUGAGGAUCCGUCCGGGCCAUCCACCUGCGGCCUCCCUCGUCUCCGGUCUUCAUGACUCUGUCUUGACACCGGGCUCGGGCGAGGAGGAGGAGGAGGAGGGGGAGGAGGAGGAGGAGGAGGAGGAGGAGGAGGAGGAGGAGGAGAGAGUGUAG